AUGCACAAGACCUUGACUCCAAACUGUUAUUUGUCCAAGAUCCACCACUCCAACCCAAUACGGACAACAUGUUAUCAGUCUCCCGACUGCGAAUUAACCAUGACAGUGAAUUUGUCCCUGCCCUCCAAUUUGCCAGAUCACCACACUAAUAACCUCUCCGCUGAAUGCGGCACCGGCAGCUACUCAACGGUCUCGACUCUUGGGCCUCAUCUGAGCAGCAGCUUUCAGAAGCGGGCUGGCAUCCGGGAAUGCCCCUCGACAAUUCAUCCCUCCCGAAUAAAUACAGAAUACCUUCAGAAAAAAGCCAUUCUGCGCCAUCGCACCACUGUUGAUUGGAACUUCGUAUUCCAGGUACUCCAAGACCCCCAACGAGUUCUCGGUCAAAACACGUGGCUCGAACCCGGUGUACUCUUGACAUCGCCUCCUUUAAGGCGCUCGUGGCGAACCACCACCGCACGACGAUUGGUGCCUGAAAGGGUACCGCCGGACAUAAAUUAA